AUGGCAGUUCUGCCGACGCUUGAAGCCUCCGAAUGCCCGGAAUCACCGCCAGAACUGCUUCACAGCCUCAAGCACAACAGCAGCGUGCUUGCUCUCGCCGUCAGUCCCGAACACGACUCAAUCUAUGCUGGAACGCAAGAUGGCGAGAUUGUCGUCUGGUCGUUGUCUACCUUUCACCAGGUCCAGCAAAUCCAGGCGCAUAAGCGCAGUGUCAUGUCGCUUUCUCUCUCCCCGGACGGCAACUAUCUGUUCUCGAGUGCCUGCGAUCCCAUCAUCAAUGUGUGGUGCCCCAAAUCCCUCCGUCGCCUCUACGAAAUCUACGGCAACCACGAUGUUGGUGACAUCUUCUCGACGGCAUACAGCCCGCAACACGACACACUAUACAUUGGUGCACAGAACAUGACUAUUCAAUGGGUCAGCCUGAGCGAUCCGACCACAAAGUCGACUCCUGACUCCCAGCGACAUCCCGAUCGAAGAAGCCAUCGGUUCUUUGACUCCAAAGCCAUUGGUGGAACAAGCACCCCGAGACGGAGCGAGGAUAAAUGGGGGCUGAUUCCCCAAGCCAAAUGUACCCUGGAAAUCGACAGCGGUGCGGUUCGCAAGUUUGCCCACUACGGAUAUGUAUACUGCAUGCUCAUUGCAAAGGGACCUACUGUGGAAGCUGGCCCCGAGGAAGAGGUGCUGAUCUCGGGCGGUGGAGAUGGCACAAUCAAGCUUUGGUGCCUUGGUGAGCCCGGCAGAAGCGACGUGGACGAUCCCCAGCGCAGCGGCAUUCGAGAGAUUAUGUCCCUUGGUUCUGAUGAUGGCGAGUCGGUACUGUCUCUGGCACUGGAUGGCUCCUUUUUAUAUGCUGGCAAGCUUGACGGCAUUGUAGAGCUCUGGGAUCUGGACACUGCCCAGAGACUGAGGGUGAUAAAGGCGCAGAACCACGACAUCAUGUCACUGCAGAUGGGCUGGGGAUACCUUUGGACUACUUCUGCCGACGGUUGGGCCAAUAAAUUCAGCACAGCGCAUUAUGGAAAUUACCAGCAUGUCUCAAGGAAUGUCACCGAAAAAUACAAGUGCCUCCAUCAGUGGAAAGCGCACAACGGCAAAGAAAAAAGCAAAAUCUUAGCAUCUGCUUGCUCAACCUACAAGAACGAACGCUACUACAUCACGGGAGCCAACGACAAUGAUAUCUGUGUAUGGAAUAUCAAGGAUGAAGCAGAUGCCCAGUCAAGUUCCAAGAGCCAAGCCGAGGACGACGUCCUUCUCUCCGCCCUGACGGAGUUUGUCUCGUACAAGACCGUCUCGUCCCGGCCCGAAUUUGCAGAAGACUGUCGUAAAGGCGCCACAUAUCUCGGCGCACUAUUUAAGCGCAUGGGCGGAUAUGUUGAAAUGCUCAGCACGGGAGAGUCGCACAACCCCGUCGUAUUGGCAAAGUUCUCCGGGAAGAAGGAGGCUGUUGACAAACGGAAGCGAAUCCUGUUUUAUGGACAUUACGAUGUGGUGUCAGCUGACAAUGACAAGAGUAAAUGGGCAACCGAUCCCUUUACCGUCCACGGAACUAACGGAUUUCUCUACGGACGCGGUAUCAGUGACAACAAAGGCCCUAUCCUCGCCGCACUCUUCGCAGUAACGGAUCUGAUGCAAGCGCAAAAGCUAGAAAACGACGUCAUCUUCUUGAUUGAAGGAGAAGAGGAAUGUGGAUCCAGGGGAUUCGAAAAAGUCAUCCAGAUGAACAAGGAGCGGGUUGGACCCGUGGACUACAUCUUGCUGGCGAAUAGUUACUGGCUGGAUGACGAGGUCCCAUGUCUGACGUAUGGGCUGCGCGGUGUCCUCCACGCGACCGUCUGCGUCGAUUCAUCGCGCCCUGAUUCACACUCUGGUGUCGAUGGUUCCCAUAUGAAUGACGAACCCCUUUCAGACCUCACAACAGUCCUGUCAAGACUAAAGGGUCGCGGCAAUCGAGUCUUGAUCCCGGGCUUCUAUGACGGCAUUCCACCAGUGACAAAAGAGGAAGAGGCUAGAUACGACGACAUUGCCUCCAUCCUGCUGCGCCGCAGCACAGAGGCUGUCUCUGAGGCAGAUAUCAAGAGGUCACUCUUGGCCAGAUGGCGGGAACCAAACUUGACGAUUCAUCGGUACAACGUCUCCGGGCCGGACGGCAGUCUAGUCAGCAGCCAUGCCAAUGCGCAUAUCAGCAUGCGACUGGUGCCAGGGCAAGAAGUGGAUGUAGUAGCAACGGCUCUUACAAGCUUCCUACAGCGAGAGUUUGCAGGCCUCGAGUCAGAGAAUCGGAUGCGGAUUUGCAUCGACAACAAAGCCGAGCCGUGGCUAGGUGACCCGACCAACGAUAUUUUCCGCACCUUGUGUGAUGCCAUCGUAGAGGCCUGGCCUGAACGCUUUGAGCCACGCCAAGGAGUCGCUCAAAACUCGAGUCUAGGCGAAAAUGGUGACAGCAAAGUACCUCGUCAGCAGUCGCCCGACCCCUCUACAUGCACCUCCAUGUGCAAGCCAAAGAAGCCGCUGUACAUUCGCGAAGGCGGUUCCAUCCCAGCCAUCCGCUUCCUCGAAAAGGAGUUCGGAGCGCCGGCGGCCCACUUGCCAUGCGGACGUGCCAGCGACUCGGCACAUUUAGACAAUGAGCGAAUGAGUCUUAUCAACCUAGUCAAGGCGAGGGAGAUUUUUGGAAAGGUGUUUGUUCGACUCUAA